GACGUCGUGCAGUGACGUGGUUUCCGUCGUCAGCCUCCAGGUUGUGUUUACAGUCUGAUUUGGCGGGAGAAGAUUAGACGAUUCGCUUUCGGUUCACAGCAGCGCGUUCGGUUGAGAGUUUUGAGCGUCGAUGGCGGCGACCGCGUCUGCAGCUCCCGCGGAAUCGGAGUUGGACCGAAGCGGGGCUGAAGAAGAGCCCCGGGCCACCGAGCCGGAGGAAGACGCGGGGAGCGGGCAAACCGGGCCCACUGCGGGCGCACAGCAACACCGGCUCGUCAAACUACCGCUGUCUCGCAUUAAAACACUGAUGAAAGCAGAUCCGGAUGUGAGUUUGGCGAGUCAAGAGUCCGUGUUCAUCAUAGCUAAAGCUACGGAGCUUUUUGUUGAAAUGAUUGCGAAGGACGCUCUCGUAUAUGCGCAACAGGGAAAGAGAAAAACCCUUCAACGCAAAGACUUGGACAAUGCUAUUGAAGCAAUAGACGAAUUUGCAUUUUUGGAAGGUACCUUGGACUGACCAAGAAGAUGCUUAAAUAUCAAUAAAAAAGACUGUCAGCAAGUUUUGAAAGUCCAUUUCAGGAAGUUUGGAAAAAAAGGUGGCAAAUUGGCCAAAUUUCAGCUUUUGCUUUUUGUGCAGAUUGAUACAUUUAUAUAGUUGUCAAAGUUGUAAAGUGUCAAUGUUUUUUUCUAUAUUUUAUGAUUCUUAUGAUCAUGUGUAGUGUUUAAUUAAAGUGAAGUUAUUUUAUGUUA